GAGAGGUUGACAGAGUGGAUUCAAGGCUCCAGGGCUGACGCUAGUGCACGUGAUCGCGCCACUCCGUACUUUCCUCACGACGCGUCGCGCUUGCACGCUUUCGAUCUUGUCGUUUAACAACUCGCGCGGCCAUAAUGCCACGAAUGUUACUUCAACGACCCUACAAUCCUUUAUUCAAGCCGUGAAAACGGGCGUGAAAACGGGACCGGCUCUUCUGGACGAAAUCUCUGCUGGUUGCAUAUAAGCAGCCUGGGCAUCGUCAACAGCGAUGCCAGGGACUAAAAGAAGGCCCCAUCAUGACCUGGAAUUCACCUUGAGAAGAGUUUUUGGCAAGCGGGAGUUUCGCCCAGUACAACGCGAGGUUAUUGUGGCAACGCUGGAGGGCGAAGAUGUUUUCCUACAAGCCGCCACUUCUUUUGGGAAGAGUUUGUGUUACCAGUUGCCAGCUGUUGUGGAUUUUGGAAUUACUAUUGUGAUCUCGCCGCUUCUUGCUCUCAUGAAUAACCAGGUGGCUUCAAUGAAGAAAGCGAAUGUACGCGUGGAGACAAUCAAUAGCACUACGACUGCCACCAACAAGAAGAAAAUCAAUGACGACCUUCAAUGCGGCCAUCCCCUCACCCGGUUGCUAUAUGUCACGCCGGAGUACUGCCAGCUCGAUUCCUUCCGCCGACUACUCCGCGUCGUGUAUUCCCAACGAGAACUCGCCCGUAUCGCAGUUGACGAAGCCCACUGCGUUAGCGAAUGGGGCCACGACUUCCGCCCUUCCUUCCAACAGCUCUCCUGGUUCAAAGCCGAAUUCCCCGAUGUCCCCAUUAUCUGCCUCACAGCAACAGCCACUGCCCGGGUGCGAGACGACAUCAUCACGACCCUCGGCCUCAAUGCCUCUCAACUGAAGACGUUUCGCAUGAGCACCAGCCGGCCCAACCUCCACUAUGAAAUCCGCUUCAAGAACGACGAUGAGGACCACUAUGACGACUUCGUCCAGUACCUCAAGCGCAUUCACGAGAGACGUGCUGCCCCGGAACGUGCAUCCCAACUUGCAUCCCAGAACCAGCGCCCAGACAACUGGCCUGGCAUCAUCUACACGCUGUUCCGGAAGGACUGCGAGUCGCUCGCCGCCCGCCUUCGCAGCGAUGGCAUAGGCGCAAAACCUUACCACGCAGGCUUGCCCCACACCGAGCGCGCGGACGCCCUUGCCGGCUGGGUCGCCAACAAGGAGGGCUACGACGUCAUCGUUGCGACGACGGCGUUUGGCAUGGGCAUCGACAAGGAAAACGUGCGCUUCGUAGUCCACUGGCAGAUCCCAAAGUCGUUCGAAGGCUUCUACCAAGAAGCCGGGCGCGCGGGCCGAGACGGAAAGGCCGCUUCAUGCAUUCUGUACUACAGCCGCGAGGACCGCGACCGGGCCUUGACGAUGCUGGCGCGUGAUCAGCAGCGGCAGCCAAAAAGCGGUGCUGUGAGUGCGCAGCAGGCGCAGCUCAGGCACAGGCUAAAGAGUAUGCAGUCUUUGGUGGAUUACUGCGAGGGAACGACGAGGUGCAGACAUAAGAUGAUUGCGAACUACUUUGGUGAUGACGGGGACACCCCGUGUGGGAUGGCGUGCGAUUGGUGUCGAGAUGCGAGGGCUCUGGUGAAGAGGAAAGAGGCUGGGUUGGCGAGCGAGGAGUGGGUCAGUACGCAGAGGGAUUUGGGGCGGUAUAACAUCGAUGAGUAUGAGUGA